AUAUAAAGUUGACCAAAUGGACCCAAAGAAGCCUCCUGACCUCAGUGGUAUGACGGGCGUUCCCUGGCUGGGACGCGGAGCAGGACUACAGCCUCAGGAGCCGGCUGUAGGACGUGGUAGAGGACUGCAGCUCUCUACAGAAGGGCCCACUAUAGGACGAGCCAGGGGUCUCCUCACUCCUGGCGAUACCCCACAAGGACCAGGAGUAACUCUACACAUUGCUGAACCUGUGGCUGGACGAGCUAGAGGGCUGCUGAUGCAGCCUGAUCAUGGAGGAGUUGGCCGAGCGAGAGGAAUGCUUUUCCCAGCGGCUGAACCAAAGGUUGGAGUAGCAAGAGGUGCAAUUCUGCCGAGUCUGGAGCCAAAACACAAACAGAUGCCUCUACGUGAAACGACAACGCGAGACCAAACAGAGGAGACCUCUGUUUUGACAGCCAAAAAGGCUGACAUGACUACUCAUGGUCAAGGAUCUACACUGGUCUCAAUGUUUAGAGGAAUGGGCAUCGAGCCCUCAUGGGGAAGAGGAGCACCGCCACUGGGAAGAGGAGCAGCUGGAGAUUCUGGUGAUCUGAAGCUGAAAGGUGUCUUCAGAAGGCCAGAAAGCAUGGGCCUACCUGAGGAGGUGAUGGGCAGAGGCAGCAGUUUCCAUAGCCGAGGUUUGCCCCCUCAGACGAUGACGGGACUUGUAAGAACAGCAAUGCCUCACCUUGGAGGAGGCAGAGGACGCGCACUACCUCUUCCUAUUUCUCCAGGUCGUGUCCAUUCUGUGUCUCCAGCCCCUGAGCAACAGGCAGCCCUACACACUCAGACUUCCCACACAGGAACCGUGCAGCUGGUGCCCACCACUAAGGAGGCGCUGGAGCUUCCUGCUGUUGCACCAGAGAAAAAAGAGCUGCAAAUGGAGACAGUCCGUGAGCCACUAAAUAAAGCUGGAACAAAAGGAGCUCCUAUAAAUAUUUGCUCAAACUACAUCCCCAUUCAUUGCAAGAAUGAAGCUGUGUAUCAGUACCAUGUUACAUUCACUCCAAAUGUUGAAUCAAUGGCAAUGCGCUUUGGCAUGAUGAAAGAUCACCGCUCGGCCACAGGGGAAGUCGUAGCUUUUGAUGGCUCCAUACUCUUCCUGCCUGUCAAGCUAAAAGACGUGGUUGUUCUCAAGAGUUUGAGACGAACCGAUAAUGAGGAAAUACAAAUCAAAAUCCAGAUGACGAAGAUUUUGCCACCCAACUCGGAUCUAUGCAUCCCAUUCUACAAUGUCGUGCUCAGGAGGGUCAUGAAAAUCAUCGGGCUGAAGAUAGUGGGUCGAAAUCAUUACGAUCCAGAAAGCGCAGUCAUUCUUGGAAAACAUCGACUGCAAGUGUGGCCAGGUUACUCAACCAGUAUCAAGCGCACAGACGGAGGCCUGUACCUGAAUGUGGAUGUGACUCACAAAGUCCUGCGGAAUGACUCUGUGCUGGAUGUCAUGAACAUGCUGUACCAUCAGAGCAAACAGAACUUCCAGGACGAAUGCACCAAAGAGCUCAUCGGCAGCAUCGUCAUCACCCGCUACAACAACCGCACCUACCGCAUCGAUGGCAUCGAGUGGAACAAGUCCCCAAAGGACACCUUCACUUUGAUGGAUGGCACGCAAACCACUUUUGUGGAAUACUACAGCAAGAACUAUGGGAUUACAAUCAAAGAGAUGGACCAACCUCUGCUCAUGCAUCGGCCAAAGGAGAGGGCCAAGCCAGGAGGAAAGCAAAUUAUUACUGGAGAGAUCCUUUUAGUACCAGAGCUUUCCUUUAUGACAGGAAUCCCAGAGAAAAUGAGGAAGGACUUCAGAGCUAUGAAGGAUCUGACCAUGCACAUCAAUGUGAGCGCUGAGCAGCACACCCACUCAAUAAAACAACUUCUGAAGAACAUCAGCACCAACCCGGAGAGUCUGAAGGAGCUCAGCCGAUGGGGACUGGCCAUUGAGUCAGAUAUCCUGGUGACUAAAGGUAGAACUCUGCCGGUGGAGACCAUCUGUCUGCAGUCGUCAUCCUUUACCACCAGUGCUGAUGUGUCCUGGUCCAGAGAGGUUUGCAGGGAUCCUUCGAUCAGCUCUAUCCCAAUGAAGAUCUGGGCCAUCUUCUUCCCCCGCCGCUGUGCAGAGCAGGCGGAGGAGCUUGUUUCCACCUUUAACAAGGUGGCCGUGCCCAUUGGGAUGCGACUGGAGCGACCCAUUCGUGUGGAGCUGAGGGACGAUCGCACCGAGACUUAUGUCAAGAGCAUCCACUCUCAGCUCACCAGUGAGCCCAAUUUGCAACUGGUAGUGUGCAUCAUGGUCGGCAACAGAGACGAUCUCUACAGUGCCAUCAAGAAGCUCUGCUGUGUUAAAAGUCCCAUCCCAUCCCAGGCCAUCAAUGUCCGGACAAUAUCCCAGCCGCAGAAACUGAAGAGUGUUGCGCAAAAAAUACUGCUGCAGAUGAACAGCAAGUUGGGCGGAGAACUGUGGACUGUCAACGUCCCUCUGAAAAACUUGAUGGUGGUUGGAGUUGACGUCCACCAUGACACCAGCAAGGCACAUCAGUCAGUCAUGGGCUUUGUCGCAAGUGUGAACAGCUCACUGACCCGCUGGUACUCCAGAGUGACUUUCCAGACGCCCACUGAGGAACUGAUCGAUGGCUUCAGAGUUUGCUUACUGGCUGCACUGCAGAAGUACUAUGAGGUGAACCACAACUUGCCAGAGAAGAUUGUGGUGUAUCGGGAUGGUGUGUCAGACAGCCAGUUGAAGAUGGUGGAGCAGUACGAGAUCCCACAGUUGAUCAAAUGUUUUGAGACGUUCCCCAGCUAUGAGCCCAAGCUGGUCUUCAUUGUGGUCCAAAAGCGCAUCAGCACCACCCUCUACGCCUGUGCAGCGCAGAGCUUUGGCACACCUCCUCCCGGGACAGUUCUGGAUCACACCCUCACCCAGAGUGACUGGGUGGACUUCUAUCUGAUGGCACAUCACAUUCGACAGGGCUGUGGACUUCCUACACACUACAUCUCUCUGUACAACACGGCAAACCUCCCACCUGACCAUUUGCAAAGGCUGACUUUCAAGAUGUGCCAUUUGUACUGGAACUGGCCGGGCACCAUUCGCGUUCCAGCACCAUGCAAGUAUGCCCACAAACUGGCUUUCCUGUCUGGCCAGUACCUGCACUCAGAGCCGGCCAUCCAGCUAUCAGACAGGCUCUUCUUCCUCUGACCUGGACCAGUUACAACCAUAAGCAAACUGCUCUCGUCACAGCAAAACCAGCUGUGAGGAAAAAGAACUGAAACACCCAAAUGACGAACAACUCAUUGAAAUUAAUGAGGGAUUCAUUAUUAAAAUGUCUCUAGAGUAUACUGUAGAUUUUCACCCAGGAUCACCAUAUGGAUCAAGCCUUUAAUUGUUUCUGAGAAGGCUGCCCUACCUCACACCUUGAUUAAAGCUAACCCUUUUCGCAGGGUUUACACCGUAUUGCAUUACAGCAAAAAAUUGUGUUGCACAUUCAUAUAUUUUAAUUUCAAGACUAAUAAGGAGAAGGAAAACGGUUAAGUUUUAAGUGAAUAUUG